GUUCCAUUUGGUGUUUUAUUCAGCUUAUAGAUCUCUGUAUUGGCCAACGGAGGAAAGGCUUCUGCAACUGUAUAUCCAUCCAUUUUCUCAAAAGGUUCAUCAGUCAGAGGAAUGAUAUGAAUAUGAGCCAUGAACCAAGAUUUUGAGAGACACUUACUGAACCUCAGCAAGGAUCAAACAAGAGAAGACCCAGACCUACAGACAGAAUGGAAUGAGGCAUUAACCACAUGUUCUCUCACACUUAUGGACAUCGUUAUCAGAAGUAAAACCAAAAAGAGAGACAAUCUUAAAUCUAAAAUUGAUAAUAUCACAGUAGAUCUGAAGACCCUGAAAUCAGAUACUAAAUAUGGAGAAUUUAAAAGCAAUUUAAAAGCAAAAAUACAAAAAACAGAUGGAGAAUUGGCGCUGAGAAAAGGCAAUAAAUUUAACAGAGAUAUGGAGGACUAUUUGAAUAACAAGGUGUAUAACUGGUCAAGAUUUCAGAACAGACCAAGAAGAAGGUCCUUUCGCCCACAAGGGGGCAAAAAGAACCAAGUAUCAUCUGCAGAAAACAUUGCAACAGCUAAUCCUAAACCAAUCUUGAAGCAUAAAUCUAAACGAAAAGUGGCCUUUUCUUCAACUGAUACUUCAGAUCAGGAAUCAUAUAUAUCUGAUGGAAGCAUUUCUUCAGGGCCUGUGGGGCCAAGAUCUCUCUCUCCCCCCUCUCCACCACCUUCUCAUUCUACUAUUUCUCUUUCUUCUUCUUCUAAGUCUAUACUUCCUCCUUCCUGCCCCCUCUUGUCAUUACAGGUUCUGAGUGACAGUGACACGGAUGAGGAAGAAGAUACAGCUGUAUGUCCUAAAGAUAAAGAUAAAGAUACAUCGGCUGUCCCUUUAGGAGGCGCACAAGGAGGGCAGGCAGAAGAAUCAAGAAAAUCCCAAAGAAAAUCACACAAGAAGGACUAUCGGUAUUGAACCUGUCCAAACAGGAACUUACAGAGGAAGAAAAAUCACUACUGAGCAAGGGAAUGGGCUUUGCCCCUACGAAUACUUUUUCAGCUUUCAAAACUAUCAUUGACAUUAAUAAAUUUGUCAGGAAAUUGACAUUAAAA